AUGUCUCAACAAGGAGCAUUUUGGGUGCAUACUGAAGACUGGCACACGGCCGGCGAGCCUUUUCGUAUCGUCUCGGACCUGCCACCACAUUGCACCACGACAGGAGACACAGUAUGGGACCGCCGGCUCAACAUCAUAAAUCAACCAAACCACCCACUAGAUCUAUUGCGUCAGUCUCUCUGUCACGAGCCAAGAGGCCAUGCCGACAUGUACGGAGGCUUUAUCGUCCCUCCUAACGACUCUGGUGCCCAUUUUGGCGUCUUGUUCUGGCAUAGAGAUGGCUUUUCAACAGCCUGCGGUCAUGGAACCAUCGCCUUGGGUCGAUAUGCCGUGGCAAAGAGACUCGUAGAAUCUGUCCGAGAAGGGCCGGUCAAAGUCAUCAUCGACGUGCCAUCCGGCCGCGUGACAGCAGAGGUCAAUUUUAGAGACGGCAAAGUGGUCCAUGUGAACUUUAUCAACGUCCCCAGCUACCAGUAUGCUAAAGACCUGCCUGUAAGCGUAUCGAUACCCGGUGCAGAAGCUCUGCAAUUCAACGUCGAUCUCUCCUGGGGCGGAGCUGCCUGUGCAUCUGUUGAUGUCAGUGAUAUGACUAUAGAGAUCAAGCCAGCCAAUGCUCAACGCUUCAUCGGACUUGCUCGCCAGAUCAGGGCAGAGGUUGGGACACGUGGAGACCACAAAGGUACACCUCUGUAUACCAUCUGUUUCUUCAGGACACUCAGCGACAGCAACGAAGCCAUUGAACAAAAGAGUAUCACUGUCUAUGCAGAAGGCGCUAUCGACAGAUCUCCUUGCGGCAGUGCGACUGGUUCUCGAGUGGCCGUCUUGUUAGCACAAGGAAGGUUGAAGGGCAACAAGAAAUUGAUCCAUCAUUCCGUCGUCAACACGACUUUUGAAGCCAGAGUCAUCUCUCAGCAUCAGGAGGAAGGAUCAGAUUAUCCGACAUGCAUACCCGAAGUCAGAGGAAAUGCUUAUCUUACUGGCCGCAAUAGCUUCUUCAUCGACCCGAGCGAUCCAACAUAUCCUGGUUUCUUCUUCAAGUAG